CUUAGUUUUGCAUGUUCCCAUCCAUCGUGCACGACGCGCAAGGGCCCCUUAUCCAGCUCUCCUGUGUACGAGGAACACCUCCACUGGUGAUCAGCCUUCGCCCGUGUGUUUGUCUUACGGAGAAGCAGCGAGCAGGCGGCAGCAGCAGCAGCACCGUGUUCUGCAGGAGUGGGUUUUUUCAUUUACAACUAGAAGAAGAAGAAGAAGUCCUGAAGGUUUUGGAUGCGGGUGCUUCAGGGAUGUGGGCACUUUGAGAGCAGCAUCACCCACCAACACAAACAACUCACAUCGAUUUUUCUGUGAAUAGCACCAAAAACAAAGAGGAACAAUAGCAAGACAACAACAAAAUCUUGUCUCUUCUUGAACACUUUUUUCCAGCGUGUGGAUACGGCUCUAACUAAGUAGUGCACUUUGAGAAUUGUUCACAUCGGACGGACUGAAGAGGGAGGCAAGACCUGUGGACCGGGUUUGCUCUCUAUCCCGAGACCCCGAAGGAUAACUUGGACGUUUUUUAAUUUCCUUCGCUUAAUUUCACAGGAGGCUCGCUUUUUAAAAAAUUGUCCUAAAUGUUUGGGAUUCAGGAAACUAUACCGCGAGGCGGGACGACGAUGAAGGAGGAACCGCUGGGUGGACUGAACUCAGUCCGCUCGUGGAUGCACACAGCUGGGGUGGUGGACGCGAACACAGCCGCCCAAAGCGGUGUCGGCUUGGCACGGGCACAUUAUGAAAAGCAGCCUCCAUCCAACCUCAGAAAAUCCAAUUUUUUCCAUUUCGUCCUGGCGCUGUAUGACAGACAGGGUCAGCCCGUGGAGAUCGAAAGGACAGCUUUUGUGGACUUUGUGGAGAAGGAAAAAGAACCAACCAGUGAAAAAACUAACAAUGGGAUUCAUUACAAACUACAGUUAUUGUACAGCAAUGGCGUCAGAACAGAACAAGAUCUUUACAUACGGCUAAUCGAUUCCAUGACGAAGCAGGCCAUAGUUUAUGAAGGACAAGAUAAAAAUCCAGAAAUGUGCCGAGUCCUUCUUACCCAUGAAAUUAUGUGCAGCCGGUGCUGCGACAAGAAGAGCUGCGGAAACAGGAACGAGACCCCCUCAGACCCUGUGAUCAUCGACAGAUUCUUCCUAAAGUUCUUCCUCAAGUGUAAUCAGAACUGUCUGAAGAAUGCAGGGAAUCCUCGGGACAUGCGCAGAUUCCAGGUGGUCGUAUCGACGACUGUCAAUGUGGACGGCCACGUCCUGGCUGUCUCUGACAACAUGUUUGUACACAACAACUCCAAGCAUGGGCGAAGGGCUCGCAGACUCGACCCUUCAGAAGGUACGCCUCCUUAUCUGGAGAAUGCAGCCACCCCGUGCAUCAAGGCCAUCAGUCCCAGUGAGGGAUGGACCACCGGAGGAGCCACAGUCAUCAUAAUAGGGGACAACUUUUUCGACGGCCUACAAGUUGUCUUCGGUACCAUGCUCGUAUGGAGUGAGCUGAUAACUCCCCAUGCCAUCCGGGUGCAGACUCCUCCUCGACACAUCCCCGGCGUGGUGGAAGUCACGCUGUCCUACAAGUCCAAGCAGUUCUGCAAAGGUGCCCCCGGGAGAUUCGUCUACACUGCCCUUAAUGAACCGACCAUCGACUACGGCUUCCAGAGACUGCAAAAGGUCAUCCCCAGACACCCUGGCGACCCAGAGAGGUUACCAAAGGAGGUGUUGCUGAAGAGAGCAGCAGAUCUGGUCGAAGCCUUGUAUGGAAUGCCCCACAACAAUCAGGAGAUCAUUCUGAAGAGGGCAGCUGACAUCGCGGAGGCCCUGUACAGCGUUCCUCGCAACCACAACCAGAUCCCCUCGCUCGCUAAUCCAGCCUCCCACGGCAUGAUGGGAGUCAACUCCUUCAGCAGCCAGCUAGCAGUCAAUGUGUCUGAGUCACAAGGGAAUGACCAAGUGGGGUACAGUCGGAACACCAGCAGUGUUUCCCCUCGGGGCUACAUCUCCAGCAGCACCCCACAGCAGUCCAGCUACAACACCGUCAGCAACAGCAUGAAUGGCUACGGCAAUGCCGGUAUGAACCUGGGAGUGCCAAGCUCCCCGGGGUUCCUCAACGGAUCCUCUGCCAACUCCCCAUAUGGAAUUAAACAAAAGAGCGCCUUCGCCCCUGUGGUCCGACCCCAGGCCUCCCCACCCCCCUCCUGCACCAGCGCCAACGGCAACGGACUGCAAGGUGAGCCCCCCUCACCCCCUCAUCCCUUCCCUACGGACUACUGGUCAGAUACCGCUGCUCAGGCCUCUGUCCGUUUUGCCAUGUCCGGCCUGGUUGUCCCUCCAAUGUAAAUGCACUUUGGUCAUCUCAAGCACCAGUCACACUACCACUUCACAGGGCACCCCCUGAGCACACAGCCAGUCGCUGGUGUCAUGUAUAGUCAACUGCUUGUUCUGUUUUUAAAGAUGAAGAAAAAAGAAAAGAAAGAUUUUUUUUUUCUUUUAAAAGACUUAAGAAACCUGCAGAGAGGAUUUCUGGAGCCGGACUUUGUUCUGUGGGACUUUUUGUUUUCCCUUCCCAUUGGAGCACCCUUAAAAAGGACACGGGAUGAUGAAGGGUUUAUUUUGUAUACUGUCAGACUGUGCAUCGGCCUUGGACACGCCCUCUCACACAUGACACGCUCAGUACUGGAAGGACUCUGUGGACUCACACCUGGUUGUAAAGUAAAACACUGUUGUACAGUACAUUUGCCAAUGAACUUGUUUGCCUCAGAAAAUCAGCUUUUCUGUUUCAACUCUCUUUUAAUAGAUUCACAACAGUUGUGUGUCUUUUUAAUGUGACUUUUUUGUAUUUUUAUGUGUGAGAAAAAUACACAGGGGCCAAGACAAUUUCAACUGGAAAAAUAUAUGAGAUAUAUAAUGUAGAAAAUUGAGCUUAAAGUACAACAAAUACAAGUACACGGGAGGGUUGGUGGGAAGGUUGUAUCAUGUUUCAUUCCUGCAUUUUAACUUAAAUUUUGUAAUUUAUUGUAGCUAGAAAUCAUCUUCAAAAGUAAAAAAAAAUCCUCUUUGAUUCAACAAGCACACUGAUGUGUACAAAACACUGCUCUGUUGAUGAAUAUGAUGUACUUCCAUGUCUAGAGCUUCCUUUAAGCAAGUGUGUUUUGCCAUGUUUUUCAACCUUUUGCUAGCACUGUAUAUUAAUGCAUUCCUAGGCUACUGUGAAGUCUGUUUCUUGUUGAUGAGGAGCAGUCUCUCGUUCUAGCUCCAACUCCCUUAUGUGUUUUAUAUGUGGUUCAAAAUUGUAGACUAUUGUGAUAUUGCCAAACUUGUGCUAAAUAUUUAUACAUCUGUCUUUUUCAUGUUCUUUUAGAUCAACAAAAACAUUGAAAAACAAAAUUAAAAUCCAUUGAGAAUGUAGACAUAUAGUAGUUCAUUGUCAUUUUUCUGUUCAAAUACACACUUGCGCUCACUGAGGGAAAUUUUGUAACAUAUCAACUAUAAAUAAUGUAUUUAUCUCUGAAAUUUUGUAUAUUGCUUUUCAUUAUGUAUGUAUUAAUCGUCAUGCCCUUAAUAUAGUGAUGCAGCACAGAUAAUUCAGCCAAGAACUGUUGCCUUCAUUUGUUUUCUUUUUGUAUUUGAUGAAAAUGCAAUGUGCAUAUUCACAUGUAUCCUCCAAAUUUGUGUUACUCCGUCAAGACUCUCUGUCCAUUUUUUAGGGGAAGUCAAACUUCAUUGUUUAUUUUUAUAUUGAUUUUAAAUUAUCUAUACAGACCAUUUUGGAGAAAACUUUGUUGGUUGUAUUGUCAAAUAAAUUGUUUGUGACCCAUAUGAUAGUUGUUAAGAUCCAAUAGAGACUAAUGUGCAUGAGGGACAACCUUGGAGAAAAAUCACUCCAUCUGUGGUUGUAUUUUUCUGUUUUGUAGAAUGUAUAGAAGUCAUUUUUACUCACCACUUAUGACUCUGCCACAUAGCUUACAUGUGUUUACAGGGAAGAAAGUUUAAACAUGUCAACAUUUGGAAUGGAAACAGAAAUGAAUAAGUGAUGUUUUAUUAAAAUUUUCAGUA